AUGUCUUGCGAUUUAAGUGACCCAGCUAUCACAGUAGCAUAUGAAGAGAUCGUAAAUGGUCAUGAUACCAAUUGGCUUAUUCUUGGAUAUCACGAUACAAGAGAUAAAAUUUCUUUAUAUUCUAAAGGUUCACAAGGUCUUGAUGAACUCCGUAGUAAUUUAAAAGAUGAAGUAUUGUAUGGCUUUCUAAGAAUUGAAAAUAAAUUUGUUUUAUUAACUUAUGUCAGUGAGCAAGUCAGCGGUGUACGAAGAGCACGUGCUUUGGUACAUGGUAGAGCAGUUGGUGCAUUAUUUAAGCAGGCACACCAAAUCCAAAUUAGUGCUUCAACACCAAAUGAUCUUACGGAAGCAAAUGUUCGCAAUCGUUUGAAGCUCAGCGACCCAUCUGAUAAGCAUCCACCUACACCAAAAAGAGGUAAUACUAAUAAUAGUAGCAGUACAAAUUCAUCUAUUUCUCAAAUUCCAUCACCAACCUCUCCGAAAUCAACAGAAAAUGAGUCAUUUCCAGUAGUUGAAAGCGAGGAAAUUAUUGAAAGAACAUCAUCACCACCACAACAAUCGCAGGAAGACAUUGAAAGACAAGCUCGUGAAAAAGAAGAACAAGAAAUUGCUGUUCAGAGACAUAAUGCUGAAAAAGUUGCCAAAGAGGCAGCCCAACGAAGAGCUCUUGAAGAAAAGCAAAAACAAGAUGAACUGGAGAAAAAAGAAAGAGAUGCUGCUGAAGCAAAAGCCAGAGCUGAAGUUGAUCGUAAAAAUCGUGAAGAGUCUGAACGAAAACGAAGUGAAGAACUUCGAUCUAAAUUUGCUGAAUUGGAAAAAAGUGGAAAGUUUUGGAAACGCAGAUUUUUUGAACUUCGUGGUAAAACUCUUUACCUUUUCUGUGACGAGAAUGACAAACUUCCAAUCUCCAAACUUGAACUUGAUGGACAAGUUUCUGGAGUAACAGACGCACAAUCCGAAGUUUUGAUACUUAAUUCCUUCAAAGUUGAUUUUAAAUCAUCUGAAUCUUACUAUUUCUUUUCUGAUGAUAAGAAAGAUAAAGAAUCAAUUGUCACUGCUAUAGGAAGAUACGUCAAAUAA